CUUUCCAUUGCUCCCAAUGUAGGAGGACUUUUGAUUCGUCAUUACAUUUGAAGAGACACCAUAAAAUACACACAGUGGAGAAGCCUUUCCAUUGUGCCCAAUGUGGGAAGAGUUUCAGUGAUGAAGGAAAUCAAAGUAAACAUCAGAGAAUACACACAGGAGAGAAGCCUCACCAAUGCUCUGAAUGCGGGAAGCGUUUCAAUCAGUUAUCACAUUUAAAGGUACACCAACAAAUUCACACAGGAGAGACGCUUUUUCACUGCUCUCAGUGUGGGAAGAGUUUCAGUCUGUCAUCUAAUCUGAAGAGGCACCAGCUAAUGCACAAAGAGAAGCCUCUUCAUUGUAGGAAGAGUUUUAAGUUGGAAGGAAGCUUUCAGAGUCAUCAGAGAAUACACAGUGGCGAGAAGCCCUACCACUGCUCCCAAUGUGGGAAGAGCUUUAGUCAGGCAGGACGGCUAAAUGAACACCAGAAAUAUCACACAGGAGAGAAGCCAUACCGCUGUAAUCAGUGUGGGAAGAGUUUCCAUCGAGUAGGACACCUAAAUAACCACCAAAGAAUACACACAGGGGAGAAACCACCGUACAGCUGUGAACAGUGUGGGAAGAGUUUCCAUUGGGAAGGAUAACUAAAUAGCCAUCAGAGAAUACACACAGGCGAGAAGCUUUACCACUGCUCUCCAUGUGGGAUGAGUUUCACUUGGUUAUCGUCCCUAAAAUAUCACCAGUUAAAAUGUCAGGGUCGUUCCACUAUUACUAUUAUUAUCCAAUAUUAAAAUACAUGUUCAAUGAGAUCCCUUUAAUAUAGACCACAUUGUGAAACCAAUAAAUCAGGUUUUUAAUAUAAAUAGUAGAGGUCGACUGAUUAAAUCGGCAUGGCCGAUUUAAUUAGGGCCGAUUUUCAAGUUUUCAUAAAUCGGUCAUCUGCAUUUUUGGACACCGAUUAUGGCCGAUUACAUUGCAUUCCAUGAGGAAGCUGCGUGGCAGGCUGACCACCUGUUACGCGAGUGCAGCAAGGAGCCACGAUGGCAGAGAAAAGCAGAGCACCAGUGUGGGACUAUUACAUCGAAUUGGCACCAGGGAAAGCAAGGUGUCUUAUUUGUGAUAAAGAUGUAAGCAUGGGGUCAGCAAUGGCUAAAUACAAAAAUACCACCAACCUGUGGAAUCACCUUAAGAACACCCAUCCAAAAGCCCAUAAGGAAGCAAAGAUGAAAAAAGCAAACGCAAAUUCUUCACAAGGAAAAUGUGACACAGACACGUCACAGACAUCGCAGGAUACACUCGUGCAACUUUUUAAUAAACAAGCAAAAUGGCAGGACAAAGACCCAAGGGCCAAGAAGAUGGAUGAAGCAAUUAUUGAGAUGAUUGCCACUGACAACCAGCCAUUCACAGUGGUGUCUGAUGUUGGUUUUCAGCGGCUGAUUAGUCUUGCUGAACCCCGGUACAGGAUCAAAGAAGAAAACUUAUUUCGCACAGAAAUGCUAGAUAAAACUCAUGAAAGAGUUGUGAUGAAAGUGAAGAAUCUGGUGGCAGCAGGGAACGCUCCACACAUGGCAUUCACAACUGACUGCUGGUCAGGCACUACAGAGUCCCUGAUGAGCCUUACUGGACAUUUCAUUGACAAUGUCUGGACAAGAAAGCAGGUUGUGCUGAAUGUCAAGACUAUGACUGGAUCACACACAGGAAACUACGUCAGAGAGAUGUUUCUGACCAUGUUGGAAUACUGGGAAAUCCACACAGAACGUGUAGUGUUGGUCCUCAGGGACAGUGGAGCAAACAUGGUGAAAGGUAUGAGACUGGCAGAGCUUCCAGACUUCAGCUGCAGUGCACACACCCUACAGCUUGUAAUCAAUGAUGGCCUAUCCAGUCAGAGAGCUGUGCUAGACAUUAUUGCCAUGUUGAAGAGCUGUGCAACUCACUUUGACCACUCUGUACUGGCCAAACAGAGGCUGAGGGCCAUUCAGGAAGAGCUUGGCCUUCCCAAACACAGCAUCAUCCAAGCAGUUCAAACUCGCUGGAACUCAACACUACACAUGUUGCAGAGGAUGUUUGAACAGAGGCGUGCACUGAAAGUGUAUGCAGGUGAAUACGGACACAUCGGCAGUUUGUCUGCUGCACAGUGGAACAUUGUCUCUAACCUAAUUGAGACUCUGGCCCCUAUGGAGGAGGUGACACUGGAGAUGAGCCACUCCAACUCUACAGCAGCAUGCAUCAUCCCCAGUGUGUCGGUGCUGAAGCUGAUGCUGCAGCAGGAGGGUUCUUCUACUCGGGGCAUCAAAACAACACGGAAGACCAUGUUGGACAGUCUGACAAGGAGGUUCUCCAAGGCCGAGGAGACAAAGUGCCUGGUGCUGGCAACUGUCCUGGAUCCACGUUACAAGAGCUACGCCUUCAGCUCAGGGACAGCACUAGAGAAAGCAAAAGAGUGGCUGAAGGAGGAGUCUGACCUACUAAGGAAACCAAAUCCCAGAGCCACAGCAGAUGGGACGAGUGAAGAGGUGGACCCAGAUCCAGGUGCAAAGAGGCAAAGAGUCCAGGUAGAUCAGCCACCCAGUCUGGUGGACAGCCUCUACGCUAGAAUCCUUGGAAGCCAAGAGGGCAGGGCUGAAGUCCAGUGCAGUUUUGAAAUUGCGUUGGAGCGUUACCUCACAGAGCCUGUCAUUGACAGAAAGAGCGGCUUGCCUUUAGAGUGGUGGAAGCAAAAUGAAGACAGAUUUCAAUCACUCGCUCCAUUGGCAAAGAAGUUUCUCUGUCCCCCACCUUCUUCGGUCCCAAGCGAGAGAGUGUUCAGUGAGGUGGGGAUCAUUUAUGAUAAGCAGAGGAGCAGACUGACAGGGGAGCAUGCAGACAAGCUCUGCUUUCUGCACUACAACCUAAAACUUCUGAACUGGGAAUAUUGAAGACCCAUGAAAGCUGGUGGUUCCUUUUAACAUGUUGUUCUCAUGCUAUUUGAGACUAAAUUGAUUUUAUGUAUUCAGUUAAAAUAAAAGUGUUCAUUGUUCAUUCAGUAUUGUUGUAAUUGUCAUUAUUACAAAUAUAUAUAUAUAUAUUGGAGGACCCAAA